AUGACGCCUCUCACAGACGAGGCGCUUGACAGACUACUGCGCGAAAACCGUCGGCUUCAGUCACAUGUCCGCUCCCUACUUGAGAGGAUUGAGGAGCAGCUUGUGCUCACAGAUACCCUGCUUCUCGCGCUAAGGCCGAGGGAGGUUAAAAGGAGGCAGGCGAACAGCAACGAACCGCUUGGGUCUGACUUAGACACAUGGUUUAGGUUUCGCUGCGGUUCCCAGGUGUGUGCAUCGGCGCUCCGCACGCAGCCACCACCGUAUUCCCAGGGCUUGUCGCCCAAGUUUCGCUGGAACCAUCGCGCGACGAGGUCGAUGAAGCGACAGGUGGAGCGCUUGGGCUUAGACGCAGGGGGAGAGGGAGACCCUACGCAUUGGCGGGUCGUUGCGGAUGCCGUCAACUUCGAGUCAAAGUCCACUUUGUGCGUGGACAGCUUUCAAUGUUUUCUGCAUUAUCAGCAGGAGGUGACGGCAUCGCCGGAGCCCUUCUCGUCGGCGGAGGACAGUUGCAUUGACGCCUACGACCCCGGAAGCGGUCGGUGGGGCCAACUCGUGGCAGAAAUUCUGCAGCAACUUGGUCGCCGUCGAACGGUCUUUCAGGUUGCUGAGAGGUACCGUAAACUAAAACGUGAGAGGUACGAGUACAAUGGUCUCCUUGACGAUGCCACUUUGUCCGAAAUAGAACCACUUACGCGGGGCAUUGCUGCCCCGGAGGCGGAACUUGUUCUCGAGUGUUCGUGUCGGCUGAAUCGCGGCCGCACUAUUCCGUGGCCGACGGAGGAGGCUAUCCGUAAGUCGCUUUUGCGGCACCGCGAGCUCCAGAUCAGCGGAGACGCCCGUAUGCUGCGUCACAUCUACGCCGUGCUGCUUAGUGACAGGGCCUACUUUGCUUCCGCAGAAGGCAGAGAAAUUGUCCUGCGCCUUUUGGGCUGUGAACCGCUCGAGCUACGCGAGGCAAUGACUCGGGCGCGGUGGCGAUACGCGCAGAUUUCGGUGGAGGAGGCAGCUGCGCGUCUUGCGUCGUCGGUGCCUGAGAUGAAGGAGCGUGUGCUGGCGAAGGUGUUGCGGUGGUACGGCAGCGCCUACACCUCCGACUUCUUUCGUCUCUCGGUUGCUCUCUUCGGCCAGCGGGACGCGGCCCUGCCGUGCUUCCUCGUCUCUCGCGAGUAUGAGCGACGCCGCAGGAGGGCGGCGCCGUACGGCCGCCUGCAGUUGCUGUAG